ACACAGUGAAGGUCAGAGUCUGAGUCUCUCCUCUGGCUGCCGCACUGCCACAGGUCCGGGUGGGUUUCACUAGGCUUCUGCGGGUCCCCAGCGCUGCAGGUUGCUGGCGCCAGGAUGGGGCUGUGGCCAGUUCUGCUUCUGGCUGCCCUUGUCCCCUCCGUAGCCCUGGGCGCAGGACCCCACAGGCUUCAGUAUGAGCUCACAGGGACCCAGAAUACCUCUCGGCACUCGCAAUUUGUUGCCAAGGAAUAUCUGUACCAUCGGCUAAUCCCGUGUGACAACAGUGAGAACAGCAGGGUAGAGACCCCAGGCCUGCUGGCACGAGUCGUCCUGGGGGCUGAGCCAGGGGACACAGUGACCAGUGACUUUGCAGAGGACAGGAGGGACCUCUGGAGGAAGUUGGCGGAUAUCAGGAAAAAGCAGAGGCAGAAUGGAGGCUCCCAUUCCCUCCAGGAGGUUCGGGGCUGUGAGAUCCAGGAGGACACCACCAUCAGGGCCUUCAGGCAAUUUUUCUAUAAUGGGGAGCCCUUCCUCUUCUAUAACGAGAUGACCCAUGAGUGGGAAGCACCCCAGUCCUCGGUUCUUCCCUUGGCUAUGGAAGUCAAGAAAUCCUGGGACAGAGAUGGGAAUGGAAACAAAAUAUCCUGGGCCCAUGUGCGUGGUGACCUUUGUGGAAAAAUGAAGAGAAGUCAGAAAAAUAAAACAGCCGUGAAUGGGACCUGCAGCCGGGUCUCGGAGAGCGUGACCUACAUGACGUGCUCGGCACCCGGGUUCUCUCCCUGGAAUAUCUCACUGGUCCAGCUGCAGGACGAUGUGCCCCUGAGCCUGGAUGCCCAGCUGCCUGGGGGUGUCCUAUCUUAUGAGAAAGGGACGUAUUGUGCCAGGGUGGCCUCACGGGUUCCCCAAGGAGAGGAGCAGAGGGUCACCUACUCCGUGGAACACAGCAGGAAUCAUACUGUGACCUGUGGAAAGGAGAAGGUGCAUCAUCGCCCAUGGCCAGCUGUCGCUGCUGCUGUCACUGUCCUUGUUGCUGCUGCCCUUCUUUAUAACUUUUAGCUCAGGAAGACAACAGCUAGGGAGCAUCCAGGGCCGGAUAUUGUGCAAACUCAAACCAAAACCAGGUGGCGCCAACGGACCUUCACUGCAAGGGCCCACAGGGCUCUCAGCCUCUGUUGUCAGCGCCUGAGUCCAGAGACUCAACUGGGGGUGCUUAGCAUCUGCACAUUGGGCCUGGACUCACUGCCUGCGCCCCUCUACCAGCAGUCUCGCUCUUGGUGCUUCAGUGUUUUCAUCUAUGUAUGUAUGUGUAUUUGUGUGCAUACCCAUAUGCUUGAAUUAUUUGUGCAAUAUUACAGAGUUUUAUAAC